CGCGCGGGUGGGCGCGCACGGGGAGAGCGCGCGGCGGGGCGGCCCGGGACGGUCUGCGCCGGACGGGCGGCGGCGUGAGGGCUCCGGGUCGCUGGCGCCGCGGACACUUGAGUCCCGGGAUAGGGGUCUCCUGCGAGGAGUGAGCUGUUGCCGCAGAAUGGGCUGCUGGCUCCUGCCCUGCUUCCUGUGAUCGAGCUGGCCCUGAGGACUCUGUGGAGAUGCCUGUAACACACCGGAAAUCAGACGCAUCUGACAUGAACUCGGACACGUCCCCCAGCUGCAGGCUCCGAGCCUUCAGCAGAGGCGGCAGCCUGGAGAGUCGAAGCAGCAGCUCUCGCUCCAGAAGCUUCACUUUGGAUGAUGAGAGCCUGAAGUACCUCACCCAUGAGGAAAAGGACGUCCUCCUGUUUUUUGAGGAGACGAUUGACUCCCUAGACGAGGACUUUGAGGAGCCAGUGCUGUGCGAUGGGGGAGUGUGCUGCCUCUGCUCCCCGUCUCUGGAGGAGAGCACCUCCAGUCCCUCUGAGCCUGAAGAUGUCAUCGACUUAGUGCAGCCAGCACCUGGCGCUGGGGAAGCCGAGGGCAUUCCAGAGGGGACCCAGGCAGCAGGGCCUGCACCUGCUGGGAAGGAGCACAGGAAACAAGAUGCUGAGACUCCACCUCCAGACCCCCCGGCUCCCGAGACCCUUCCUGCGCCACCACCCCUGCCCAGCACCCCCGAUACCCCCAGGAGGGAGCUGCGCGCCCCCUCCCCGCCGGUGGAGCACCCCAGACUCCUGCGCUCUGUUCCCACGCCCCUUGUUAUGGCGCAGAAGAUUUCCGAGAGGUUGGCGGGGAACGAAGCCCUCUCGCCCACCUCCCCGUCCAGGGAGGGCCGGCCCGGGGAGUGGAGGACACCGGCCGCCCGGGGGCCCCGCAGUGGAGACCCCGGCCCGGGGCCCAGCCACCCGGCGCAGCCCAAGGCACCCCGCUUCCCCAGCAACAUCAUCGUCACCAACGGCGCGGCCCGGGAGCCCCGCAGGACCCUGUCCAGGGCGGCCGUCAGCGUGCAGGAGCGCAGGGCGCAGGUGUUGGCCACCAUCCACGGCCACGCCGGCGCCUUCCCCGCCGCGGGGGACGCGGAUGAGGGGGCCCCGGGAGGCGGCUCCUCCCCGGAGCGGGUGGCGCGUGGCCAAGGCCUGCCGGGCCCCGCUGAGAGUCUCCGGGCAGGGGGUCAGGCUCCGCGGGGCCCGGCGCUGGCCAACGGCUUCCCAAGUGCGCACGAGGCCCUGAAGAGCGCACCCAGCGCCUUCGCGCCCGCCGGGAAGUCCCUCUGCUUCCGCCCCGGCCCGGCCCUGCCCAGCACACGGGCUCGCCAGAGCUUCCCCGGGCCCCGGCAGUCCAACGGCGCCCAGGACUGGCGCCGCGCAGACUCCCUGCCCCGGCCCCAGGGCAUCACCGUGCAGUUCGCGGGCCGCGGCUCCUCGGAGGAGGCGCGCAGGGAGGCCCUGCGGAAGCUGGGGCUGCUCAGGGAGAGUUCGUGAGGGCCGCGCGGGCUCCGGUCCACCCUGUUUCUCCCCACCCUGAAGAGAGGGUGAAAGAGUCGCUGUACCCAGGAGCUGUUUGGCCUAAAAUGGAAGUGACAGCGGGAGCCCCUGCCCUCUGUGGCUCAUCAGUCUAGAGGUGCCAGACUGGGGCCUCCUGGCUGAGCCCGCACCGCAGGCUCCAGCCACCGGAACAGAGAACUCUUCCCUAAAGGAAUCUGGCCGGGGGCUUGUCUCCCUUUUUCCAAGAACUGAGAGAGAGAAUAACUUGUUAUACCCACAGGUUUCCGUGAUGUGUAAAUGCCAUCUUUUGGGGGUUGGGAGGAGCAGGACUGGUCUGAUUAUCAUUCUUGAGUCUCAUCUACCCUUUUCUCGAAGUACAUGACAUGAAAGUUCAGAUCCUCCUACUCAGGAUUCUCGCCGCCUUUUCUAAGAAAAUAAUAAAAAUGCUUGUUUCAUUUUGUAA